AUGGCUCCUACUAAAGAAAAAAGUAAAAUACCAUUAGUGUUCCAAACUCAGAUAAAAGAAAUCAAAAGGUAUUCUGAAAGUGUUGAUGAUGUAAUAGAGUCUAAUAAUAUUCAGAAAGUUCUUGCCUUUAAAGGUAAUAUAUUAAAAUGUCUAGAAAGGUUAGAAGACAAUUAUUAUGAGUUUUCUGUUUUGGAAAGCUUUGUGGAAGAUGUAGAAUAUGAAAACUUUACUAAUUCUAAAGAUUUGGCUGAUUUGACAUUGGAAAAAAUUGAGUCAUAUUUAACUAGUAUUAAUAGCAAGCUACAAUUCGAAGACGAUAAAUCGAAAGUGAAUGCUUAUUCUAACAUAAAUCUUCCUAAAUAUGAUCUUCCACAAUUCGCAGGUGAUUUCAACUCUUGGUUGAGUUUUAAAUCUAUAUUCUCUAGUUCAAUUGAUUCUAAUGAAUCUUUAACAGAUAUUCAAAAACUGCAGCAAAGACAUCACACUGUACUUCACCAGUUCCAAAGUAGUCCUAGAGAAAUCCCUGUCUGUAAUUCAAAUCAGAAUCUAGCUGUUACUAGUGACCAGAAUGUAGUUCAGCCAUUGGCUACAUCUCAGGAACAGUUUUGCCUUGCAGGACAAAUGAAUUAUUCCAAUUCAAUUUUGCUCUCUACAGCCAUUGUUAGAGUUAAGAAUAGUCAAGGACAAUAUCUAGCUCAAGAAGAAAUCAAGCAAUUUCCAGAGGCAUCUAAAGUUGCUCUAGAGGACUUCUAUGUAGAUGAUCUUCUGACAGGAACAAAUUCGAAAGAGGACGCCAAGAAAUUAGUAAGUCAAGUAAUCGAACUCAUGAAGAAAGGAGACUCGCAAAUUGUUUUGGAUUGGUUGAAAUCAUCUCCCAGCAGAUGGAAAACCUUUGUUGCCAAUCGUAUCUCAAAAAUUCAAAAAAUGACUUCUGAAGCAUCCUGGCAACAUGUGAAGAGUCAAGAAAAUCCUGCCGAUUGUGCUUCACGAGGUAUUGCAGCUUCCAAGCUAAAAGUUCAUAAACUGUGGUGGUCUGGGCCACAGUGGCUAAGUCAGGAUUUUUUACACUUUCCAUCAAUUGAUUUGUCGACUUCCUCUGAAGAAGACGUGAAAUGUGAGAAGUCAUCCACCGUUCUUACUAAUGUCUCAACAUCAAGUCAAGGCAGCUAUUUUUUGGAAAUCAUAGCUAAGUAUUCAUCAUUCUCACGUUUAAUCCGAGUCAUAGCUUGGUGUCAAAGAUUCAUCAAAAAUUGCAGAUCCUCUAGAGUUACUGGUGUGCUAACAUCAAAAGAGGUAGAUGAUGCUACCAAGAUAGUUAUUCAAACUGUACAAGAAUCACAGUUUCAUUCCGAAAUUCGACUCUUAAAGAAGAGACAUCCUCUUCCCAACAGCAGCAAGCUUCUGCCUCUAGGUAUUUUUCUGGACACAGAUGGAAUAAUCAAAGUUGGAGGAAGAUUAAAAAAUUCGAGCCUGAGUCCAAUUCAAAAACACCCAAUCCUCCUUCCUAAGAGCCAUCACUUCACUAAUCUGGUCAUUCAGUAUUUUCAUCAUAUCAGUUUGCACAGUGGACCUCAAAUUACCUUAUGCUGCAUUCGACAGAAAUUCUGGAUUCCUUCUGGCAGAGGAGUAGUCGGAAGACUUUUAUCCAAGUGCCAAACCUGCUUUCGCUUCAGAGCUAAAUCGGGUGAGCAGCUCAUGGGGAAUUUGCCUGCAAAUAGGUUCAGCGCUGGCAGAGCGUUUUUUAACGUUGGCAUCGACUUUGGAGGACCAUUCAUCACCAAACCCAACGUUCCCCGAAGCAAAGUAAAAUUAAAAUCCUACCUAGCGCUCUUCAUUUGCAUGGCAACAAAGGCUGUGCACCUUGAGGUUGUUUCGGACCUCUCAACAGAUGCCUUUUUGGCAGCAUUCCGGCGCUUCAUAUCCAGACGAGGAAAACCUAUCAACAUGUUUUCCGACAAUGCAACUAACUUCAAAGGAGCCUCUUCAUAUCUAAAGGAACAGUUCAAGCUAAUCAAAUCUGUUGAAGUGCAGAACUUUGUAACUCAAGAAUCCAUUAAAUGGCACUUCAUACCCCCCACGGCACCUCACGUCGGCGGACUCUGGGAAGCUGGCAUCAAAUCGACCAAGCAGCUUCUAAAUAAAACAAUGAAAUCAGCUGUUCUGAACUUUGAAGAGCUUGUGACAUUGGUAACGCAGAUUGAAGCAUGCUUAAACUCAAGGCCUCUAACUCCUCUGUCUAAUGACCCUCAAGACUUGCAACCUCUUACGCCAGGACAUUUCUUGAUUGGUGCUCCAAUGACUUCUUUUCCAGAAGAGGUCCCUUCACAACCAGCGUGCUUAAGGAAGCGAUGGAAUUUAAUUCAACAUCUCCGAGGUCAGUUCUGGAGGAGAUGGCACCUGGAGUACCUAAAUCAAUUACAACAAAGAACCAAGUGGAAGAAACCAAGACGAAACCUGAGAGUCAACGAUUUGGUCCUUCUGAAGGAGGACAAUCUCCCACCUCUGCAAUGGAGCCUAGGCAGAGUUGUUCAAGUAUUUCUUGGAGACGAUGGUGCUGUUCGAGUCGUGGAUGUCAAGACCCAACGAGGACAAUUCAGACGCCCUAUUACCAAGUGUUGCCUACUGCCAACGGAAGACUGA